UGACGCUAAUCCAAUUUACCUGCUUCGCCGUCUCCGCCACAAUACAAUCACAGUUGCGCCACCACUGCUCGCCGGGAACAUGGAGGAAAAGACAAAGACCAUACAGGAACUGGCAAUCGAGGGACAGAAGCACUUGGAAGAAACAAUCGAAGCAGCGUAUGAGAUUCUCUCCGCCAUGAACGAUGAGCUUUGCAACCCUACUCUUUGGUCUACCACUUCCUCGUCCUCUGCCGCUGCACCUGCUUCCGCCAUUUUGAGCAACGGCCACCACGCAACCGGCGAGGUUUCAUCUGAUUCCUCCUCCUCUUCGUCCACUCACCACUUUGAUAUCGGCGGUGGAGCCCUCGAUGAGUCUCGUCUUCGUUACAAGUCCUCUGUUGCGGCUCUGCGAACUGUUCUCACUGCCAUUUCUAAUUCACAAAAGGCUAAAGCACUUGAAGUCGCUUCAAAUGGUUCAACAUCACCCGCAGAUGAGGCUGAAAUUGAGCAGCUAGAAGAUCAAGCCUGUAACUUGAGAAAGGAGCUCACAGAGAAGAACAAGCAUCUGAAGCACCUAAUAGAUCAGUUGCGAGAUGUUAUUGGUGACAUAUCGACCUGGCAAAGCCCUUGUUCUGUAUAGAAGUUUGGCAAGUCUUGUGAGGCCGGAUUUGUAGAAGUAGAAAGCAUUAAUCUGUGAUUGAUGUUCAAGAAACAUAAGCACGAAACUGAGAAGAAGGCGAUGCAGGCUGCCUUCUUCGACUGAUGAAGAAGGAGACCAGCGGCCGAUUUAACCCUAUCAAAUUGAAUUACCGGUAUUACUAGUAAGUGACCUGCUAUUGGAUUGAAUGCAUCAAAAUGAUAAUUGAUGUGUUUAAUUGACCUUUUUUAAAGUUUGAGGACUUAAUUGCACUUUGGUAUAAUAUUUAGGGGUGUAGUUGAUCAUUUUCUCUUGUUUAAUUAUAAUCUAAUUUGUUCUUUGAUAGAUA